CAAUUUCCCUCGUCGAGCGUUUAGCAUGAGCGGAUUCGCUGCGUUUGAAGCCAAGAUGGAGGCCGCCGGCCUCAGCCAGGCCGCGAUCAAGGCCUUCGAGUACUCGUACGCGUCGCUCCUCAGCGGCGACUCGGGCACGAUGCCCGAGACGUCGAUCGAGAACGUCGCCGACCUUACGUACCUCGAGGGCCGCCCGGGCUCGAUCCGCGAGUCGAUCAAGGCCGAUGCGAGCCUCCUCCAGAAGACGGUCGUGCUCAAGCUCAACGGCGGCCUUGGCACGAGCAUGGGCCUCGACAAGGUCAAGAGCCUCCUCAACAUCAAGGGCAGCGACAACUUUCUCGACAUGACGGCCAAGCAGAUCAUUGAGAUGCGCAAGAAGUACAACUCGAACGUGCGCUUCAUCUUGAUGAACAGCUUCAGCACGAGCGCCGACACGCUCGACUAUUUGCAAAAGUAUCCCGAGAUUGUGAGCGACGUCGACCUUGAGCUCCUCCAGAACAAGGUGCCCAAGAUUGACGUCACGACGAUGCAGCCCGCUGAGUGGAAGCUCAACCCGUCCAAGGAAUGGUGCCCGCCCGGCCACGGCGAUCUCUACCCGUCGCUCCUCGGCUCGGGCAAGCUCGACAAGCUCCUCGCCCAAGGCUACAAGUACAUGUUUGUCUCCAACUCGGACAACCUCGGCGCGACGCUCGACUUGGAGCUCCUCACGCACUUUGCGCAGUUGGACACGUCGUUCAUGAUGGAGUGCUGCGAGCGCACGGAGAACGACAAGAAGGGCGGCCACCUCGCCAAGCGUGUCUCGGAUGGCCACCUCGUCUUGCGCGAGUCGGCGCAGUGCGACCCGGCCGACGAAGCCGAGUUCCAGAACAUUGCCAAGCACCGCUACUUCAACACGAACAACUUGUGGAUCCGCUUGGACAAGCUUGCGGAAGAGCUCCACCGCCAGGGCGGCCUCAUCAAGCUCCCGAUGAUCCGCAACUCGAAGACGGUCGACCCCAAGGACGGCGACUCGCCGGCGGUCUUCCAGCUCGAGACGGCCAUGGGCGCCGCCAUUGAAUGCUUUGACAACUCCACGGCGGUGUGCGUGCCCCGCACGCGCUUUGCGCCCGUCAAGAAGUGCGAUGACUUGCUCUUGCUUCGCUCGGAUGCGUACGUGGUCACGGACGACUACCGCCUCGUCUUGGCCCCCGAGCGCAACGGCAACGCGACCGUCAUGGGCCUCGAUGGCAAGAAGUUCAAGCUCGUCCAGCAGCUUGAGGCCGCGCUCCGUGGCAACGUCCCGUCGCUCAUCAACUGCAACCGCCUCAAGAUUACGGGCGAUGUCGGCUUUGCGCCCGAUGUUGUCUUUGAAGGUGACAUUGCGAUCGUCAACAACAGCAAGGAGCAAAAGACGGUGCUCAGCGGCACGUAUCGCGACCAGACGAUCGACUUGACGAGCCAGCCCGGCCUCGGCAAGCUCAAGGCGUCGGUCGUCUCGACGGCCCCGAUCGAAGGCCAGAAGCCCGGCACAUCGGGUCUCCGCAAGAAGACCAAGGCGUUUAUGGCCGAGCACUACCUCAACAACUUUGUCCAGUCGACGUUUGACGCGCUUCCGUCCAAGGACCUCCACGGCGGCACCCUCGUCGUCUCGGGCGACGGCCGCUACUUCAACAAGGAGGCGAUCCAGACGAUCAUCAAGAUGGCGGUCGCCUCGGGCGUUGACCGCGUCUGGGUCGGCCAGAACGGUCUUCUUUCGACGCCGGCCGUGUCGGCGGUCAUUCGCGAGCGCGAAGGCGGCGCAGUUGCGUUUGGCGCCUUCAUCUUGACGGCGAGCCACAACCCGGGUGGCAUUGACGAGGACUUUGGCAUCAAGUACAACUGCGAGAACGGCGGCCCGGCCCCCGAGAAGCUCACGGACGAGAUCUUCAACAACACCAAGGUCAUUGCGUCGUACAAGAUUGCCUCGAACUUUCCCAAUGUGGAUGUCUCGCGCGUCGGCGCCACGUGCGUCAAGUCGGACGAUGGCAGCCGCACGGUGGUCGUCGAGGUCUUUGACGCGGCCGAGGACCACGUCGACUUGCUCAAGACCAUCUUUGACUUCAAGGCCAUCAAGGAUCUGAUUGCGCGCGACGACUUUUCGUUUGUGUACGACUGCAUGAGCGGCGUCCAGGGCCCGUACGCCCACCGCGUGUUUGUCGACGAGCUCGGCGCGCCCGAGUCGAGCCUCCUCAACGCGGUGUCGAAGGAGGACUUUGGCGGCCACCACGCCGACCCGAACCUUACGUACGCGCACGAGCUCACGCACAUUAUGGGCGUCGACCCCAAGGGAUCGGCGAUCCACGGCCAGGCGCACAAGGUGCCGGCGUUUGGCGCGGCCUGCGACGGCGACGCUGACCGCAACAUGAUUCUCGGCUCGCGUUUCUUUGUGACGCCGUCCGACUCGCUCGCGGUCAUUGCGGCCAACGCCAACGUGAUCCCGUUCUUCCGCAAGAAGGGCGGUCUCCGCGGCGUCGCGCGCUCGAUGCCGACGUCGGGCGCCGUCGACUUGGUGGCCAAGAAGCUCGGCAUUUCGCUCUUUGAAGUGCCGACGGGCUGGAAGUUUUUCGGCAACCUCAUGGACUCGAAGGAGGUGUACGGCAAGGAAGACUACACGCCGUUCAUUUGCGGCGAGGAGAGCUUUGGUACGGGCUCCAACCACAUUCGCGAGAAGGACGGCAUGUGGGCCGUCCUCGCGUGGCUCUCGAUCCUCGCGGCCAAGAACACACCGGGCGCGCCGCUCGUCUCGGUCGAGGACAUUGUCGUCAACCACUGGAAGACGUAUGGCCGCAACUACUAUUGCCGCUACGACUAUGAAGGCGUCGACAAGGCGCAGGCCGAGAAGAUGAUGGCGGCCAUGGUGGCCACCAACAAGGCUGGCGAGAGCCUGAACGGCUUUACGCUCGCGACCAACGACGAGUUUACGUACCACGACCCCGUCGACGGCAGCAUCUCGCGCAACCAGGGCAUCCGCUUUAUCUUUACGGACGGCUCGCGCGUCAUCUUCCGCCUCUCGGGCACGGGUGUCGCCGGUGCGACCGUCCGCAUGUACAUUGAAAAGUACGAGCCGGCCUCGGGCAACCUCGCGCAGUCGGCGGCCGACGCGCUCCGUCCGCUGAUUGCCGCGGGCUUGACGCUCUCGGCCCUCGAAGCGUACACGGGCCGCAAGGAACCCACCGUGAUCACGUAAAUCGCGUAAAGCGGUUAAAUAUAUGUUAUGCACACGCACA